GCGAGUCUCUGCCCGCGGAGUCCCUGCUUGAGGGACUCUCGCCGCGCUGGGGCAGCCUUCGCCACCGACAGGACCUCAUUUCCUCCCGCAGCCUUUGAACUGCCCCAAGCAUCGCGCCCAGAGAAGUGUGAAGCUUUAUAAAAAUUUAAACGCGUCUGCGGCGGAGGCAGGAGUGGGGCGGAGCCGUGGCCUGGCUGCUUGGUGAUGAGCUGAGGAGACUUGGAGCCGAGAAAUCUGUUGCUCAGCUUUCUCAUCUCCAAACAUGGUCUGCCAGGUCUGAAGCCUACGCCGAGAAGUUGUUCCUGUUGAUGUGUGGCUCCUCCUCUGAUUCCCAGACUCCUGGAGGUUUUAUGAGUCUAGUAGGUGAAAUUCUCUACCUCUAAGAAGCAGUAUCUGCUGCUCCAUCAAGCCAAGCCCUGCAUCGCUAUGGAUACCGAAUCUACAUAUUCUGGAUAUUCUUACUACUCAAGUCAUUCAAAGAAAUCUCACAGACAAGGGGAGAGAACUAGAGAGAGACACAAAUCACCUCGUAAUAAAGAUGUCAGAGCAUCAGAAAAGUCUGUCACCAUUCAAGCCCCCACCGGAGAGCCUCUGUUGGCAAAUGAUUCUACUCGGACAGAGGAAGUUCAGGAUGACAACUGGGGAGAGACCACCACCGCCAUCACAGGCACCUCGGAGCACAGCAUAUCGCAGGAGGACAUUGCCAGGAUCAGCAAGGACAUGGAGGACAGUGUGGGGCUGGAUUGCAGGCGCUACCUGGGCCUCACCGUCGCCUCCUUUCUCGGACUUCUCGUUUUCCUCACCCCCAUCGCCUUCGUGCUGUUACCCGCGAUCCUGUGGAGGGAUGAGCUGGAGCCUUGUGGCACAAUCUGUGAGGGACUCUUCAUCUCCAUGGCAUUCAAACUCCUCAUUCUGCUCAUAGGGACCUGGGCACUUUUCUUCCGGAAGCAGAGAGCUGACAUGCCACGCGUGUUUGUGUUUCGUGCCCUUUUGUUGGUCCUCAUCUUUCUCUUUGUGGUUUCCUAUUGGCUUUUUUAUGGCGUCCGAAUUUUGGACUCUCGGGACCGAAAUUACCAGGGCAUCGUGCAAUACGCAGUCUCCCUCGUGGACGCCCUCCUCUUCAUCCACUACCUGGCCAUCGUGCUGCUGGAGCUCAGGCAGCUGCAGCCCAUGUUCACGCUGCAGGUGGUCCGCUCCACUGACGGCGAGUCCCGCUUCUACAGCUUGGGGCACCUAAGUAUUCAGCGAGCAGCAUUGGUGGUUCUGGAAAAUUACUACAAAGAUUUCACCAUUUAUAACCCGAACCUCCUAACAGCCUCCAAAUUCCGAGCAGCCAAGCACAUGGCCGGACUGAAAGUCUACAAUGUAGAUGGCCCCAGUAACAACGCCUCUGGGCAGUCCCGGGCGAUGAUCGCUGCCGCCGCGCGCCGCCGGGACUCGAGCCACAAUGAGCUGUAUUACGAAGAGGCCGAGCACGAGCGGCGAGUAAAGAAGCGGAAAGCAAGGCUGGUGGUUGCGGUGGAAGAGGCCUUCAUCCACAUCCAGCGUCUGCAGGCCGAGGAGCAGCAGAAAGCCCCCGGGGAGGUGAUGGACCCCAGGGAGGCCGCCCAGGCCAUUUUCCCCUCCAUGGCCAGGGCUCUCCAGAAGUACCUGCGCACCACGCGGCAGCAGCACUACCACAGCAUGGAGAGCAUCCUGCAGCACCUGGCCUUCUGCAUCUCCAACAGCAUGACCCCAAAGGCCUUCCUAGAACGUUACCUCAGCGCGGGCCCCACCCUGCAGUAUGACAAGGACCGCUGGCUCUCUAUGCAGUGGAGGCUCGUUAGUGACGAGGCUGUGACUAAUGGAUUACGGGAUGGGAUUGUUUUCGUCCUUAAAUGCUUGGACUUCAGCCUGGUGGUCAAUGUGAAGAAAAUCCCAUUCAUCUUACUCUCCGAAGAGUUCAUAGACCCCAAAUCUCACAAAUUUGUCCUUCGCUUGCAGUCAGAGACGUCAGUUUAAAAAUUCUAUAUUUGUGGGUUUAUAUUAAAAAAAAGAAGAAUAUAUAUAGAUAUAUAUAUAUAUAUAUAUGUAUACCAGAGGGGUGUCCCUUUUUUUAUUGUUCAUUGCUGACUGAAACUGGCAGAUGAUAGACCAGUAUCUUUUGACCAUCUGCACUUUACUUGGAAGGAAGCAGGGGAUGUCCACCCUGGGAAAAAAGUGACCGAUGACAUCUGACUUUUGUGACUGGGACUUCUCAAGAAGCCGUUCCCUGGAGUUUCUGUGACAGCUGUAAACCAAAGCGGAGCUGGUGCAUUCUUGGGAGCCUCGCCUUACAACGAUCAGUUCCUGCCUUGCGUCCAGGACCACGUCCCCCAUUGCUUCUGGUCGCCCCACUUGUAGAUUUCUAGGGGACACAUCUUCAUUCUCUUUCAGGAAACCAGUCACUGCACGUCCACAUUUGUAUGUGUGUAUGUAAAUGUCCAGUACCACGUCACAAACGAAUGUCGUGGGCAGUUCAGGAAAUGCCCGCCUUCAUCUUUGUUCUUUGUUGCCUUAGGUUCUGCAGAGAAAGAUCACAACAAAAAACGUGCACUGUCAGUUUACGGCUGUUACGUGAUUUGAUUUUUUAUUUCUCCCAAAGAGAGAACCUACCCUGCCCCAUUUCUGAUCCUGCCCUCUCCUGUCUUGAAGGAGGUAGCCUUUUCCUAGCCCUGUGACUGCCCACCCAGUCUCUACUCCCUCCCACCCCCACCUGGCCGGCAGCCCUGGCCAGGGGAGCUCAGCCUUUCAGAGCCCACGGGGACCUGGCUGUCCACAUUGCCCUCAGGCUCUUUGCACUGCUGCAAGUCAGUCCCACGGAUUGCUCCCGCAGUGACAUGUGGAGUGCCCACCAGGCGGAACACGGGGAGAGCAAGCCAGCCCGGAUGCCCCUCUCAGGCUGCAGUAGGAGCUCCACCCUGCCCGGGUCUCCUCCGCACUGCGCCGCACCAACCAGGAGAGGACCAACACUGUGACCCUGGGCUGGUGGGUGCAGCUUGCAGCCAUGUAAUUUCCUGGGGAGAUAAGUUCCCACAAAGCUCAUAGCAAGCUGCCCUGCCAAGGGAGACCAAAUAAUACAACCACACUGGCAACUACUGCUGUCCAGUCCCUGUGUUUUCUGACCACUGUCACUGUGCAGCUCAUCACCUCUGCCACUUACUACCAGGAAAGGGACUUAUUUAGCUCCUGAUGUGUAAAUUAUUCUUACUUGUUAGUCAAGUGGGGAUAAGGAAAGUGGACACUCUGUCAGUUUGUGAAAGGGAGAGUAGAGAGCCAGUCUUGUCUAGAAUGAUUCAUCUGUGAUCUGUUUCUUAAAUGCGCUGGUUUCAGUGGGCUUUCCCCUGGUCCUGGGGAACAGGUGCUGCCGGUGCUGUGGGCAGAGGAGCCGUCCUGGCGGGGCCCUGCUGUUGGGGAGCCCCUUAAGGAACCCCAUCUAGACACCUUGCAGGGGGCUGUCUAUGCCUCCGUUUGCCUUCCUGCAUCAGCAACAAAACUUUUAGAAGUAUUUACUCCUGCUUUUCCCAGUAUUUAGGGUAAUCAGUUACCUAGUAAAGGAUAACACUGUCAAAAUGCUCCUUGUACGUGUGUGUGUACCUUUACUGUUUUACGUAUUCCACAAGUGGUACAGUAUUUCGGUUGUCAUUUUUAAAUCAGAAUUGGCUUUGGAUAUUUGUAACACACCUGUACCUGAAACAUUAAACACCAUUCUUGCAUCAACAGCCUUCAGCUCAAAAAGAUAUGUUGGAAAAGGAAGGGUAAACGCAGGGGUGUGGCAUGUAGCCAAGACGUCCUAUUUAACUACAUGGUUUUGUUUACGAAAAACACAUACCAGGUAGCCAUGGUGCUUUUGUUCUUCUUAGUUUUUGCCUUUAGGUCCCUUCAAACUGAAAAUUCCUUACGAAUGUCUUUCUCAGGAAAUAUAUGGGGAGAGGGGGUAAGGGGUGGUGAAUGUGUGUGAGACUUUGGCUGUGUUAGAGGCUGCUGCAGCAUUAAUAUGGUGCAGUUGGAAGUGCCAUAAAUAUAUGUGCAUAUAGUUAAUAAUAAUCAUCAGCAUUCUAAACUACUGUGCUUCCAACCAUAUCUUAAAUUACCUGUCCAGAAGGGGCCAUGGUUAGAUUCAUUUGCUUUGGCAUGUGCAUUCCCAGCAGGGUGAAGAAAGGCUUAAAUUAAGGAAUUUAUUUUCUCUCCCCCAACCCCAGUCUUAGUAUAGAAGAAUGUCAGACUUUCUGAAAUUAUUGUCUGUGUUUUAAAUUGAGUAUUGAUUUUUUUACAUUGACUUUGUAUUGCGUCCUUUUUGAAAGAAUAACAAAAUAAAAUGCAGGAUCUUUGUAAAGCCUUUGCACUUUCAACCUCUUAAUAGCUUCAGUUACUGGUGCAGUGGG